AAAACAGAAGGGAGACCGCAUCAAAACAAGAACAACAACUCAGAAGCCUUGGGCAGGUGUCUCCAGCAUCCUGUUCUAUUUGAAAACAGCUGGAUCCUGCAGGCUACCGUGGCUAACCCCUGCCAGCCCCAAUGGGGUCUAUUUCCUCCUGCCAGCUGUGUCUCCAGGCUGUCACAAGUUCUUCUCCUCAUUGCUGUAGUAUAUAACCAGAGUCAAAACUGCAAAACGACAUAAUUGUGAUCCAUUGUUAUUAGCUGCUUCAGUAUUCCCUGUGUGAAAACUCCUCCAGCAUGGAAGAUAACGAGACAGAAAGCAUUGUGAGUAGCGAGGCUUCCACAAUCAUCGGAACCAUAAUCCUGACCCUGGUUUUCUUUAUCGGAGUUCCAGGGAAUCUUUUUAUAAUCUGGAGCAUAUUAUUCCGGAUCCGGAAACGCUCUGUCACCUCCCUCCUGAUUCUUAACCUCGCGCUGGCAGAUGGGGCUCUGAUGCUCCUGACUCCGUUCUUCAUCGUGUACUUGGCGUUGCAAGACUGGAUUUUUGGGCUGGUCUUGUGCAAGACGUUGUUCUACCUCUGCUGUAUGAACAUGUACACCAGCAUCUUUGUCAUUACGCUUCUGAGCCUUGAUCGCUUGGCAGCAAUGGCUUGGCCCCAUAAAGUGCCCUUUUUACGGAAGAAAAGCUUAGUGAUCAAGGUUUUGGUCAUACUGUGGAUGAUGACUUUGGGGUUUGCAGUUCCUGCGGUCGUGUAUCGAACAAUCAGGAGUGAUCCAGGAGGAGGCAAAGCAGGGGAGAACCGGACUGUCUGCUUGGCUUUCCACCAGAGCAGGGGCCACGAGGUGUUCCAGUAUGGCUUGGAGACGUUCUUCGGGUUCGUGGUCCCGUUCUCUGUGAUUCUGGGGAGUUAUGGUUACAUCUUGCGCCGUUUACGGAGCUCCAAGUUCCAGCGGCGCAUCCGCAGUGAGAAGCUGAUCCUGGCGAUCAUCGUGAUGUUUGGAGUCCUGUGGCUGCCCUACCAUGUGGUGAAUCUCAUUCAGGUGGUGGCAGUCCUCUCUCCGAAGGAUCUCCAGAGUAGACUGGACCACGUGUGGAAGAGCUGCCGUGCUGUGACCUCAGCCCUGGCAUUCAUCAGCAGCUGCAUGAACCCGGUGCUCUACACCUUUGCAGGGAAGGGCUACAUGAAGACCGCUGGCCUCAACUUCAUGGCCAAGCUCUUCGAAGGCACGGCCCCUGACUCGGCCGACAAGAAAGCAAGUCAAGCCAAGGACCAAAACCAACAGCGCAGUAAGGAACGCAUCUACCAGGACUCUGUGGAGCUUCAGAGAAGCAAGGACACCUCCAUCGUUGAGUGAACCAGUGCAGAGAAACACGAACCAGGCCUGGGGAUCUCGAACUGGCUUUAUUGACCUUAUUACCUUUUAUUAUGUUGGUUUUUGAGUUUUAAAAAGAUGUCUUUGAAAAGAAUCAAGGACAACCAGUAGUCUUUGUUAGAAUCAAAUGCAAUGAAAAUGCAACAUGUUACUGUUGUCUUUAAUAAGCAGAGUGCAACGUGAGCUGUGUCUAGUCUAGUUAUUUAGUCAGCUUUUAUAAUUGUUAGGUUUUUUUUUCCUCUGGUUAUCGGACAGCUCUUACAGAACAAAGGGAUCUUCAAUGGAUCUAUACUGGACUAUACUAAGAAAGAAAGACAUUAGUUAUUAUGUAGCGUUCAGUUUAACACUACAAUAUAAUUCCUUCUUGGUGUCUGUUUAAUACAUUCUGAAAAGAGUUUAGUUCCAUUAAAGCUUAAGACAGACUGUAUCCCACUAUCCUGUUCAGUUUGAUACUACAGUAUAAUUAAAAUAAACAUGUGUUAUACCAAAUUUGCAUCUCACAAAAACAUAUGGCUUUACCAUGCUAUCACAGUGCUUUAUUGCACUUUACUGUGCUUUUAUAAUUAAAAAAAAAAUCAAAAAACAAAAAAAA